CUUGCCAAAUACGUUCGAUUUGACUUUGACUUUGCCUUAAAAAAUCGCGUAUUCGUGCCGCGUAUUCUCAUUUCGCCAUCUUUACCUUUCAAAUUCAUCGCUGACACAAGAUUUAUGAAAUGCCAAUCUUGCGAUACGCAGAGACGCGUUCAAAACAUGCGUAACAUAGCAGAAGGAAACAUGAUCUGUUGUUUUGCAGGGAUGUCCCAAAGUCUAGGGCGUGCUGGGGGUGUGUCAAAAUCCUAGGCUCUGAUUGGAGGAGAUCAUAGCAUAGGUUCAAUGUCAAAAUGGCAGGGAAUUUCCAAUGUUAUUCCCCGGAAAAAUUGUAACAUUGCUUUUACAUAGCUGGAAAUAAUAUAUAGAGCGUUCUAUAGCGAAACAACAUCAUCUCGAGGUGUCCAGAAGUAUAAAAUGUAGUAGCCCGUGCAUUACACCUAUAAACCGCUAGGUGGUGCUGCUAGAUUGGCAAAAUAAACUAAGCCAUCUGGUGACCUUUGACACCAUCGUACGAUGCUCGCGCCAUAAUUUGCUUGGCUGUGGCAACUCUUCUUUGGCGGCGAACUUUGAUCAUCGCUUCUCGCAGACUCUUUUCGUGGGUUGUACGUUCUCAAUGGCGGCUCCAAAUGGAAAGGUUGCUGUGAUCACGGGAGGGAAUGCUGGGAUAGGCCUGACCCUCGCAGAGAGGUUGCUGACCCUUGACCCGACCUUGACCCUAUGCCUGGCCUGUAGGAACAUGAUGAAGGCAGAAGCAGCGAGACAAGCCCUUCUGACCUCUCACCCCGGGUCACGUGUGGAGUGCGUUCGGCUCGACACCAGCGACGUCCAGUCAGUGUACACCGCGGCACAGAAAAUCCGGGAGGAGUACCCAAGGGUCAACUACCUCUACCUUAAUGCUGGUACGAUGGGGAAGGUGUCAGUAGAUGCAGCGGCCAUCUUGAAAGCGUUGGUGUCACCGCGAGCGCCUGAAAUCUUCCGCACCGGAGAGAAGCUCCUCUCGCAGAAGGACGAGACAACGAAGGACGGACUGCAGGAAAUCUUUGCCACAAACGUCUUCGGACACUUCGUGCUGAUCAGGGAGCUGGAAGACGUCUUGUGCCAGGCUGACCACACCUCUCAGGUCAUCUGGACGUCCUCCCAGAACGCCACCAGGAAGGCGUUUGACCUUGAGGACUUCCAGCACAGUCAAGGUCACGAGGGUUACAGCUCCUCCAAGUACGUGACGGACGUGCUCAGCGCGGCGUUGAACGAGCGAUACCGCGGCCGCGGGCUGUUCUCCCACACCGCGUGCCCCGGGCUCGUUGUGACGAACCUUACCAAGGGCAUCCUGCCCUUCUGGCUGUGGUGGCUCAUGCUGCCCCUGCUGUGGCUCAUGCGGGCGCUGGUACCGAGCAUGACCAUCAGUCCGCACAAUGGUACAGAGGUGCUGGUGUGGCUGUCCCAACAGGUGCCCUCCAGUCUGGACCCCCUGUGUAAGUACACCAGCAGGUGUAAGGUGUGGGGGACGGCCUACGUGGACAGGGAGAAACUGGACAUCGACCUGCCAACAGCCGAGCAGUUCUACCAGAAACUCCUGCAGCUAGAAAACCACUUCAGGGAGAAGUACAGGGAGGUCAGGUCAAAGAUCAGGGGUCAAUGACAGUACAACUAGGUCAGAGGUCAUAUAGGCAUCUCCGAAGUAUAUUUUUACCUUUGGUUGAACCGUGUCCUAUCAUGAACGUAACAUUCUACAGACUACUGCAAAGUACUGCACAAGAAAAGAGAUCAGGACAAAGGACAAGACUUUCAGUUCUGAACAUCCAUAAGUUACAGUGGACCCAUUAGAUGAGUGACGUUUGAUAUUAAACUUCAAAUAAUAGGUUUGAUGAGUAAAUGAACAGUCUGAGAAUCUGCAAUUAGACUAAAAAAUUAGAUUGUUCUUAUUGAAAGUCUGAAACAACUAAACUACACGGAACAGUAAAAGGCGUUCAAAGUAUGGCCAAAAGUCAGUUCCCAAAGGAAUUUUAUUUUGUAUCUAACACAAUACAGUGUGUUAUACCACUGAAGUGCCACCAUAAUUCUUCUGUCACGUAGUGCAAUUCCCAGAUCGUUCCAUUUUCUGAACAUCGCAGGAGUCAUCAAUAAAUUCAGUAAAAUGUACCGCCAAUCACACAGUUUUAAAUUAGUGUUUGUGAAUUGAAAGAAAUACUUAAUAUUGUACUUUGCUUUUACAAUGGACUUAAACUUUGUUUAUAACA